AUGGACGGCUCGCGGCGCCACGGCCGCCCAGAAGAGGAGCUCUUCUUGGGCCAUUCGAACAAUACUCCCGAGACACCUACCGUGGGCCCGCUGCGCAUCAACAAGCGCGACAACGCCGCCUCGCCUCCCCCACGCGCAGGCUCCGCUGGCAGCCUGAACGAAGGCCUCGCCCGUCCGCCGCCGGUGCCCAACUUCCCUGCUCCGACGUCGACACCUCCCUCCGGCCCGCUGCCGUACCCCGACGACGGUCCGCGCCCACAGUCGGGUUCUGGGCGCCGCGUUUACACGCCGCUCUCGGAGCGCGAGAGAGCGUCCAGGAACAACACGCCCGAGCAAGAUAGAUACAGGAACCCGUCUGGAGGCUCCCCGCGCACGCGAUUCGACGCGAGUGACCCGCACCGCCCCACCGUCUCGGGAUACGCCUACGCGCCGUACGCUGUGGACGACGGCCGCGCGGGGUCUUCGCAGGGCAGGCCUGCGGACAAGCGGCAAGGCACUCCAAAACCACUGCCCGCCUCCCCGGGCCCCGAGACCCCAGACAAGGAGGGCCUGUUCCAGAAGGCACCCCAGCGCGCUGGGUCGCAGCCCUCAGAAGCAGAGGCGAAUCCUUAUCCGGACUACCACCAGCAGUACUGGCCGCCUCCGCCAACAGCGGCCUCGCCGCCUCAAAACCAACAAGCUCUGAGAAUACCGAACCCUGCCGGUGUGAACCGUCUCAGCUCCACCGCAUCUACAUCUACCACCAGAGCCCAGCGGGGCUCUCCGCCUCCGCCAGAAACGCCCGCCAUCGAUCAUCCACCGGGCGGGGGGAUAGAGGCCCGUUAUGCAGCAGCCGGGAUUGCUGGGCCUUCUACGCUCAGCAACAUACAAGGUCAGAAUGCGGCGGCCACUCAACGCCUGCAACAGUACGGCGGGCAACCGCCGCAAGUGAACCCUCAACCACAGCAGGCUCAACAGCCGCCCCAGCGGCCGUGGACCCCGACGGAACAGCCUGGUUCGCAGCCUCAUGGCCCUCCCACGGUGUACCAAGGUCUUUCUGAGGUGAGGCAGCCGGCUUCCUCCACUCCUCCGACCGGCCAUCCCGCUGUAGCAUUGCCGCCACUGUCAUCUGCCGCCCAAAGCACAGCCCAGCAGGCUACCGCUCCCGGGGUAGAAGCCCCGAACGUUGGUCUUCGGCCCGGUGAACAAACGCUGGAGUCGGAUUUCCAGCGGAUGAACGUCAACGAGGAACCGCCUCCAGCGUACUCGAGCGUGCAACCUCAGGCUCCUCAAGGCUACCCGAAUGACAAGCGGCCCGCUCCCGCGAACCAGCAGCCUCCUGCGCAAGCAGGUCCCGUAGGAACGACUGCUGAUCCGAACCUGCAAGGACAUCCUGCUUUCGCGAACCAACAGGGCCCCCAGCCAGGCGCCGGAGCUCAACCGGGCACGCAGCCUCCCGUGCAGGUGCAGCCACAACCGGUGCAGCACGCUGGGCCAAGCAAUCUGGCACCUCUUCAGAUCCACCCUCACCAGCAGAACACUUCUCCCGGCCCCGGACCAGGCCCGGCAUCGCCCCCACCGCUCCCGGAAGGAUGGAUCGCCCACCUCGAUCCCAACUCUGGCCAUUACUACUACAUCCAUCUUCCGACUCAAUCGACUCAGUGGGAGUUCCCCAAAGGCCCCACUCCGCUCAACCUCAACGAGCCUCUGUCCCCCACGGGAACUUUUGUCAAUCCACUGACUUCACCAGGCUUGGGUUCUUUCUCCGGGAAGCCGAUGGCGUCACCCGGGUUUCCGCCGCAGCAAGCUACGUACCAUGAGAGCAUGCCUGGCAUGGCAGGACUGGCGAGCCCCACGGCCGCCGGUUUCACCGGCCCUCCCCCACAAGCCGGAGUGGACAUGUACAAAAUCCAGCCCACAAACGGUGUCUAUUUCGGGCCAUAUUUGCGCUACACCAACAUGGACCUCGAGCGAGGUAUUUGGCUUGGUUCCAUCCUGCUGGUCACGGAUGCGCCCCAGCCUCCUACUAUUCACAUCCAUCAGAGUGUGGAUCUUUCCCCCAACCCCCGGCAACUGAAGCCCAAUCCGAUCUACAGCCACCAAAGAUGGAUUUUCUACAGGUACGAUAUCGACCUCAAGAUGGAAGAAGGCCAUGCCGCCAAGUGGACAUACGCUGUGACUUCUCAUUUGGGAUGCACACGCUACGAGUUCCUCGUUGCAGGUCGUCACGAGACGAGCUGGCGGUUCAUUGCACACUCGGGAAACGACUUCGCGCUCAACGUUGGCGCCAACGAGCGCCAGAAGCUUGGUGGGGUAGGCUACAUGUGGAAAGAUAUUUUGCAGAAGCACAUUGAAUGCGGUGGCUUCCACGUCCAGCUAGGCUUGGGCGACCAGAUCUAUGCGGAUCGUAUCUGGAAGGAAAUCCCUCUGUUAAAGCAGUGGACGUCCACGAGCGGGAAGGAGAACCGCAAGAAUUCGCCGUGGACGGCGAAGCACGAGGAAGACGUGACCCACGCGUAUUUUCACUACUACACGAGCCAUUUCGAUCAGCCGCACCUCCGCGAAGCGUUCGCGCAGAUCCCGCACGUCCUCGCUCUGGACGAUCACGACAUCUUCGAUGGCUGGGGGUCAUAUCCCGAGUACAUGCAAUUCUCCAACAUGUUCAAGAACAUUGGGCGGAUCGGCAUUGAGAUGUAUCUCCUCUUUCAGCACCAUACAACACUGGAGAUCCUUCGCAACGUCAACAACGACCAGGACCUCUUCACGAUUACCGGAACGGGCUGGCACUUCGUCAAGUAUCUGGGCCCGUCGGUCGUGGUGGUGGGUCCGGACACUCGAUCCGAGAGGAACCCCCAUCAGGUCAUGGCUGGCCCGACGUACCAGGGCCUUUUCCCGAAGGUGGCACUGUUGCCGCCCAGCGUCCAGCAUUGCAUCUGGAUGAUUCCUGUGCCCCUGGUCUACCCGCGACUGGAAUCCGUCGAGCAUCUGGCCAGCACCAUGGCCACCGGCAAGAAGGCCGUCACCGGCACUUUCAACAUGCUUGGAAAGGUCACGAGCUCCGUCGCCGGCGUCGUUGGCGCCAAGGGAGUUGUUGGCGACGGCUUCAACUCGGUCAAGAAAGCCGUUGGCAAGUCUGGCUUGAUGAGCGGCAUUUUAAGUCCUUUUGGGGAGAUUGACGUGCUAGAUGAGCUUAGAGAUCAAUGGACCCACGAAUCCAAGGAUCUCGAGCGUACCUACUUGAUUCGCACGCUUCAAGGCAUUGCUCACAACAAGUCUCUUCGGAUGACGUUCUUAUCUGGGGAUGUCAACUGUUGCGGAGCGGGCCUCGUUCACGAUCCCUCUCGCCUUCAAGACCACAAGACGAUGUAUCAGAUCAUUUCCUCUAGUGUGGUCAACAGCCCCCCUUCUUCCUACGUGCUGCGAAUGCUUCACAACAACAAACCUCUCUGGGUCCCUGCCAACGGCCACCGAUCGACGCAGAGUCCCUCGGACACCAAGGAAGAGAUGAUGGAGAUUUUCACACAGGAUGUGAACGGCCAACCCAGAGAGAUGAGGCGUUUGAUGGGUCGUCGAAACUAUGUUGCAUGUGUCAUCUACGAUCCAGAGAUUGUGAAUGGCACGUUCGGCCAGGCAGUGCCAGGCCAAGGCGGAGGUAAGCUAAGCAUCGCGGUAGACUUCAUGGUUCAGAACGAGAACCUUUACGGCGCGCCCAUGAAGUACGGGCCGGUGAUCAUCCCGAGUUUGGAGUACGGCAGAUAG